UGUCCCACUAAUGCCAUGCAGAAGAGCUAAGUUAGAGGAGACAUGAGGAAGGAACAGACAUGGCUUUUCUUACAUACUAUGCUGUGUCUGACAGACCUUCUAGAAGCAAACUGCAUGGAUGGCAGUUACACUAUAAAUGUGAUUAUGUUGAAUGACUCAUUGACAGAAUGGAAUAUGGAUUCAGUUCAAGAGGCAGUAUACAUUGGCAUGCAUGUAGUGACCAAGGAUCUGGAGCAAGAAGGUAUAAAUGUGACUCUCACUGCCGAUUUCCAAAUAUUCAGUACUGACUUGUAUGCCAAUUCGGGGUGUAUAUCAAGUGCCUGUGAAGGUGUGGAGAAGCUGAAGAAUCUUCGUGACACUGGAAAACUGGGCUGUGUUAUCCUUGGGCCGACAUGCUCUUAUGCCACCUACCAAAUGCUUUCGUUAAAGAAUACCUUUGGUGUUCCUCUAAUCUCAGCUGGAAGCUUUGGGCUGUCCUGUGACUACCACCGGUAUCUGGCCCGCAUUUUAUUGCCAGCAAGAAAGAUGACUUAUUUUUUUAAAGAGUUCUGGCAAUUUGAAGGCGUUAUCAAACCGAAGAAGUGGCAGUCUGUAUAUAUUUAUAAAAAGGAUGGCAACACAGAGUCCUGCUUCUGGUAUAUUAAUGCUUUGGACACUGGAGUGUCUUAUUUUAACAGCGCUCUAAACUUUAAAGAGAUCUUAAGGACAGAAGCUGAAUUGCUGAAGGUGCUCCAGGACAAACGCAAAAGCAAUGUCAUUAUAAUGUGUGGGCGCCCCAGUGACAUUUGGAACCUUCACAACAAAGUUGCCAUACCUCAAGACAUGGUCUUUAUUCUGAUUGAUAUAUUUAACACUGGGUACUAUGAUAAUAAGUCCUCUCAUCACUACAUGCAGAAUGUCCUGGUGGUGACAAUUCGUCCGUCCCAUAUGAGCAAAUUAUCAAACACGACUGGAAUUGCUAAAAUUCUUGUGGAUGACUAUGCAGUGGGGUAUCUGGAUGGGGUCCUUCUCUUUGGCCAUACCCUAAAGAAGUUUCUUAAAUCACCAGACAUCAAGGAACCUUUCUCUUUCAUUGAUCAGUUUCGGAAUAUAUCGAUAAUAGGUGCUAUGGGGCCACUUAUAUUGGAUGAAGUUGGUGAUCGAGAUCUAAAUUUGACCCUAAUCUACAGUUCAACUGCGACAAAUAAUUAUACUGAACUCAUUCAGUUUGACACAAGAACCAACAAAACCACUGUCAUGGAUGCCGUCCCUAACUUAAUAUGGAAGAACCACCGACUUCCCAGUGACGUUCCUCAAAGUGGACCUCAUAUCCUGACUAUUGCUGUAUUCACCCUCACUGUAGUGGUGAUUCUUGUUCUUAUUACUGGACUUCUUGUGUUCAGAAGAUAUCGUCUAGAAAAUGAGCUCAGGCAGAAGAAGUGGUCCCAUAUCUCUCCGGAGAAGAUUUUACCUCUCAAUAUGACAGAAACAUCUCACGUCAGCCUAAAGAUUGAUGAUGAUAAGAGAAGAGACUCUGGGCCCAGACUACAAAUACGGAAAUAUGACAAAAAGGUUGUAAUUCUCAAAGACUUGAAACAUGAUGGAAACUUCACAGAAAAACAGAAAAUGGAACUAAACAAGCUUUUACAAAUAGAUUACUACAACCUGACAAAGUUCUAUGGCACGGUGAAGCUGGAUAAUAUUAUAUAUGCUGUGAUUGAGUACUGCGAUAAAGGAUCACUCAGAGAUGUUCUCAAUGAUAACAUCUCCUACCCUGAUGGCACAUUUAUGGAUUGGGAAUUUAAAAUCUCUGUAAUGUAUGAUAUAGCAAAGGGUAUGUCUUAUUUGCACGCCAGUAAAAGUGAAGUUCAUGGUCGCUUAAAAUCAACAAACUGUGUCGUAGAUGGCCGUAUGGUUGUAAAAAUCACUGACUUUGCUGGGAAAUCAAUACUCAGUCCUCAAAAAGACCUGUGGUCAUCUCCAGAGCAUCUACGUCAAGAAGGCUUCUCUCAGAAGGGAGAUGUUUAUAGCUAUGGUGUGAUAGCUCAGGAGAUUAUGCUAAGGAAAGAGACAUUCUACACUGAACAGUGUGAUGAUACAAAAGAAAAAAUUUCCAGAGUUCAGAAUUAUAAAGGAGCAUGUCCCUUCCGACCAGACCUAAACCUGGAUACAGCAAAUGAAAGAGAAAUUGAGGUUUAUGUUUUGGUGAAGAGCUGUUGGGAGGAAGAUCCUGAGCGGAGACCAGACUUUAAGAAAAUUGAGAAUACUCUUUCAAAAAUUUUUAGUAACUUCCAUAGCCAAACCACUGAGAGUUACAUGGAUACCCUCAUACGGCGGCUCCAGCUCUACUCAAAAAAUUUGGAGCAUCUGGUAGAGGAGCGCACUCAACUUUAUAAAGCUGAAAGAGAUCGCGCCGACCGCCUGAACUACUUGCUGCUGCCAGGCCCCGUGGUGAUGUCCUUGAAAGAGACAGGCCGAGUAGAGCCAGAGUUUUUUGAAGAGGUCACCAUUUACUUUAGUGACAUUGUGGGCUUUACUACCAUCUGCAAGUACAGUGCACCAAUGGAAGUUGUGGACAUGCUUAACGAUAUGUACAAGAACUUUGACCAUAUUUUGGACCAUCAUGAUGUGUACAAGGUUGAAACAAUAGGGGAUGCCUAUAUGGUGGUGAGUGGCUUGCCAAAUCGAAAUGGGAAUAACCAUGCAGUGGAUAUAUCUAGAAUGGCCUUAGAUAUCCUUUGCUUCAUGGGCUCUUUUGAGCUACGUCAUUUACCAGGUUUACCUGUCUGGAUAAGGAUUGGAAUUCACUCAGGGUCAUGUGCUGCUGGGGUCGUUGGAAUUAAAAUGCCAAGAUAUUGUCUGUUUGGGGAUACAGUGAACACUGCUUCACGGAUGGAAUCGACAGGCCUGCCCUUACGAAUACAUGUGAAUAAAUCAACCAUUUCCAUUCUGAAGAGGACAGACUGUGAAUUCCGGUACGAAGUCAGAGGAGAGACUUACUUAAAGGGAAAAGGCACAGAGACUACCUACUGGCUGACUGGGGAGACGGAACAAAAAUAUAACAUACCUACACCACCAUCUGUGGAGAACCAGCAGCGCCUUCAGUCUGAUUUUGCAGAGAUGAUAAUGGAAUCUCUAAAAAGAAAAGAAGCCGACGGAUACAAAAACAAGGAGCCAACAAGAGUGGCCAGUUACCGAAAUGGUACUUUGGAAUACCUUCAACUAGCUACAAGUGACCAGUCCAGCACUUACUUCUAAACAAGCUCUAAACCCAACCAUUGAGACUUGCAAUUCUAUCAGAACAUAAAUAUCUUUAUCACAUCUUCACUUGUGAAAACCACCAGCCAAGAAACAGCUCUUUUUGGUCAGAUUCUACUGCCUUUAUCUGAUUAGUAUAGGAAAUACGAUUCUCAGAAAAACGCUUUUCUUAAUAAUUCAAACAAUUAUAUUUAUGCUUCAGAAAGGCUGCAAUUUAGUUUUAUAUGUGUUUUGUAACUAUGCAUUUUAACUUAAAAAGUUUUUUAAGAUGC